AUGUAAAUCAUUAAAAAACGGGAGAUUUUUCCCCACUUUUUAUCUAGGAACAGGAUUAUUAUAAAUUCUUUUUAGUUAAAAAUCUAAGUUUAAAGAAGACCCAAAUUUAAAAUUUUAAAAAUAAUAUGUAAAAAUAUCCUAAUAUGGCGAAUUUUGUAUAGGUAUUUAAUUUUAUUUUUACUCCCAAAAAUAAAAAUUAAAAAAAAAUAAGAUUGGGCUAUAAGUACAUCAUAACAAAAAAGAUAAAAUAAUAAAAAAUUAAUCAUAGUGUUUCCUGGAUUAGUAUCAUCCACAAACGAGCCAUAUAUCUAAAAUAUAAUGUCAAAAAUGUAUAUGGAAGGUUACAAAGUAUGUUUAAUAAAUGACAGAAUUUAUACAAAUAGAGAUCCUUGUAAAACAAUCGAAUUACCAGAAAAUGAAUAUUUUUCUUUUGUAAAAGAUUGCCGAGAAGUUAUAAAUAUAAUUAAAUAAGAAUAUUAGGAUUAUUAAUUUUAUGCAAUAGGACAUUCUUUUGGGGCGAAUACUUUGGCCAAAUAUUUGGGAGAUUUUUCUAAUGAAAAUCCAUUUUUAGCAGCUGUUUGUGUUAGUAAUCCUUGGGAUUUUUAUAUUGGGAUUAGACAUUUGAGUUAAAUUGCAGAUAAUUAUUUAGUUAGCUCUAGAAAGAAAGUACUUAUGUUACAUAAAGAAAGAUUUUUUGAUAAAAAUUAGAAACUUUUUGAUUAUUAAAAAAUCGAUUGUUCAAAAAAUUGUAUUGAAUUUGAUAAUUAGUUUAUUGUUAAAGCUUAAGGAUAUAAAACUGCUGAUUAAUAUUAUAGAAAUAUUAGCAGUAUUCAUGCUAUUGAUAAAAUUAAAAUUCCGGUUUUGUUUUUAUAAUCUAAAGAUGAUCCAAUUUUAAAUUAUAGAACUAUUCCUUAUGAUGAAGUAAUGCAUACUCAUAAUUUAAUUAUGGUGGUUACUAAUACUGGUGGACAUGUAGGUUGGUUUGAAGGACUUUUUCAACCUAAAAGAUGGUAUAUUAAACCUACUUUGGAAUUUUUAUAGGCAGUUGAUUUUUUAAAUGAGAAUAGUAAUGUUAAAAAGUGA